AAGGAUUUUAUUGAAAUAUUUUUUUUUGGGAAAAUGUGGUUUUAUCAAAUCCAAUUCAACCUAUUUUGGGUUUGAGGUCGGUUUUUCUAUUUUAUAUGUUUUUAUUUACAGGAUUAGGUUAAAAAUUUUAUCAAAUAUUUUGUGUUUUUGUUUUGAUUUGUCUGUUGUUUUGAAAUGUGAAUACAAUUCCGUUGAAGUCGUUGUGUUUAUGGACACGCCAAAAUGAUUAAGGAUAAGUUAGAGAAAUGUGCAGAUACCUCGAAUAAUAUUCAAAUUAAAGAAGAGCCUACUGCAUCCUGUGAUUCAACCAGCAAGGAAACAGGUGGAAAUGAACCUGUUAUUCCUAAAAAGGAAGAAGAUGCGCCAUCGAGUAGCACAUCCUCAACGGCAAACGUUAAAGAAUCACCAGGAAGUAGAGGUACUGGUACCGUUAGUAAUAGACCAAAUAGUAGCGCAAAUACAAAUGCUGGUCCAACAACGAAUGGAAACAACACAAAUCCAGUAUGUCCCACAACGAGUGCUCCACCUCCGAUGGGAGUUGGACAUCCAGGAUCAUUACCACCAGUAACUGAUCCAGCCGACGUGACAAGCAUAUUAGAUAGUGCACCUGAUGUUGUAGUACCUCCAGGUGGACCUGGAGGUAUACCCGACGAGACUGUUAUAAAUGAUCGAACCCCAUUACCGCCAGACUUACAAACGGAUACAUUUAAUGAGUUAGGCCCAUCAAAUAUGCCACCAAAUAUGCGGCAACCAGGAAUGAUUCAGCCGCAACAAUCGCAUAAUAUUCGACCAUCUCCAAACGGUAUUCAACCCCUAGUCAGUAAUGUUAUAAACAAGACUCAACAAGCCACCGGCGGUAAUAAUAUGGAGGUACAAUAUAUGCAACAACAGAGUCAAAUUUUUGUAUUCUCGACGAUGCUUGCCAAUAAGAGUGCCGAUGCAGUCUUCCAAGGACACUUUCAGUCCAUUAUAGCGUAUCAUUGUGCUCAACCUGGUACGAAGAAAUAUUUUGAGAAACAUCCGCUUAAGUUGACACAAUUUCAUCGACAAAAUCCCGCACAAUGGUUAAAUGGUCUUGCAAUGAUGAAGAAUAAAGGAUGUGCUCGUGGUGGAGGUAACAUGGGCGGUGGUGGACCACAACAAGGACCACCCGGUGGUAUGCCUGGUAUGCCUAAUUUUCCACCAAAACCAGGCGGUGGACCGAUGGGUAUGGUGGAUAGUUUUCCAGGACACGAUGGAAUUGUUGACGAUAUUGCGUCGUUGCAAGAAUCAGAUGUGCCAUGGGAACAGCGCCCAAAUCAUCAAAUGGGCAUGCCUGUUCCACCAAAUGCCGGCCCCGAUGGUACUGGACCGUUAUCUGAUCCUAGUCUAGAUGAUGCAUGUCUUGCAGGCACUUCAUCUGCACCUGGUGCUCCUGGCAAUGCAAACACUGCAUUAAUGUUAGGCCAUAGCCCUUGUAUAACAAGUACAGCACCGACCAGUCCUUCAUUGGCUGGUUUAGAGCCAUCACUACAAGGUGUUAAAGUUCCUGAUGAAGAUUUAACGCCCCAACAGCGACAGCAUCGUGAAGAACAAUUAGCCACAUUACGAAAAAUGCAACAAAUGUUAUUUCCUGAAGAAAAUCCCGGUGCAAUGAAUAUUGGAGAUGAACAUGACAUGGGUGGAAAUGCAACGGACACGCCAGGUGGUGGUCCACCUGGUAAUUGUCCAGGAAUGAUGCCUGCGACAUCAAUGCCUGGCCAUAUGGAAUGGCAAAAAUUACAAAAUCAAUUCUUUGAUAAUAAAAUCAAACAAGAAGGACCAAUGGGUCCAGGAUUACGUGGAAUGGUACCUAUGCCACCAGGACUACCACCCGGGUCUGGAUCGGUUCUAUCACCACAAGUGCCUGGAAGCGGACAAGGUCCUAGGUUACAAGGACCACCGCCACCCUAUCAUCAAACGCCUCGUUCUGCAAGUGUACCAAUUGCAUUACAAAGUCCUAGCCCAGCAUCUCCAAAUAAUCCUACAUCAAAUUUAUCCUUACCCUCGCCACGUACAUCAUCUGCUUUAAAUUCACCAGCCGAUUCAAAUAAUCGGCAACAAUUUUCGGGAUUAAAUAGACAUUUCAGUGCAACGCAAAGUCCAACAUCACAAAGUUCACCAUCGGGUCCUAGUGGUGGUCCUCGAGGCACAAACACAAUUAGUAAUCCAGGGACACCAAUAUCCUCACAUUUUUCACCCAGUGCAACAACACCUGCAACCGAUUCAUUGACAGCCCAAGCAUCGUCCGGGAAUGGUGGUACGUCCAGUGAAUUUACUGGAGCUGGUGGCCCUGGAGUCGUUACAUCGACACAUCAUGGAGUGGAUGGUAUGUUCUGCCGCACACUUCAGUCCAUGGCUCAAAAACAACAUAUGGUAAGUGGAUUACCUCCUGGUUCUACCGACAUCUCAGGAAGUCCUAAUAAGGAACCUAAUUUAAUGCCUGUGCCGUCCCCACAGCAGAUACAGUACUGCAACACAUUCGAGGGUCAAGAACUCACAAUUCAGAAGCAGCCAAAUACAAGCCUGAAAGAUAGAAACAUCACAUCACCACCGUCAUUAGAAAGCGGAUUUCCGGGGGAAAUGUGUUCUGGAGGUGGAAAUAAUGGUACCAGAGUGUCUGCUCCAAAUACACCAUUAACGCCAUCAUCAGUGGACAUGGGUCCACGUUUUCCAAUCAACUCAUCAAACCCACAAUCUGAUUGUUAUCGACUUCCAGCACCCAGUCCAAAUUCAAUUGACUCAAAGAAUCCACGACCAAGUCCCCAAGCUCCCGGUAACCCACGACCGCCUAAUGAUCCAAACAACAUGAAGUCAAACAAUCCUGAUGCGAAUAAUGUCAGAUUCUCAAAUGCAAGUCCUCUCGAUGGUCAUAAUCGAUAUCCAAUUAUGGGUGUUGGUGGAUCUCCAAAUGCGUUCGCUCAGCAACAACAACAGCAACAACAACAACAACAACAACAACAACAGCAGCAGCAGCAACAGCAGCAACAACAACAGCAGCAGCAACAACAACAACCACCCGGUGCGAAACCAGGUGGUGGAAAUAUGAUGGCUGUUUCACCAUCUGGAAAACCGAACGAUAUUCCAAUAUCCACAUCUGGACAACGCGCAGACAAUGUACCUUUAAAUCCAAAUAGUAACAAUGGUUUGCCAGGAAAUCCAAAAGGAUCACAUUUCGAUCCAAUUUCAUCACUAGCACAAAUGAGUCAAUUAUUGACCAGUACAAGCUCUCUAAAUGGUCAACCCCCUGGUUCAGGUCCAAGUAUGAUGCCAUAUGGGGGUGUAAAUGCAUCACCAAUGGAUAUGGGUCGUCCAGAUAUGGGUUGUGUACCAGAUUUGGAUGGUGGUAUGAUGGGAAUGGGCCCCGGUGGACCACAUGUAUAUAAUUCUGGUGGUAUUGGAUCCCCAAAAAAUAUGCCAUUCAUGUCACCACAAAGAAUAAUGCGACCGAAUAUGGGACAAAUGCCACCGUAUAAUGGUACAAAUGUACAAGUGAAAGCAAGUGCCCCGAACACCAUACAGUAUUUACCUGCACGACCACAAAUGGGUCCACAAAAUCCGCGUGGACCACCAAGUUUAGAAUUUUUACGUUUCGCCAAUCCAAACAUGGAUGGUAAAAAUAUAGGUGCUCAAAAUAUGCAAUAUUUCCCAGGUUGUGGACCCAAUAAUAAUAUGGGUCAUAUGGAUGGAGGCGGUGGACCUAUGCAUAACGAUGGAAUUAUGGCAAGUUUAAUGAACGGACCACCGAUGAUGGGUAAAAUGGGACCCAUGUCUGGAGGAAUGGUACCCCAAGGUAUGAUGCCUAUGGGAAUGGGAGGGGGUCCUAACAUGAGAAAUCCUGGAGGUCCGGGAGGUUUACGACCUGGUAUGAACCCUUCAAUACGAAUGCAUGGUGGAAUGGGGGGCUUUGAUCCGACUGGUUUAGGUGGCGAUGGUAUGUAUCCACCAUCAGGUCCGGGGGGUCCACAAAUGUUUGGUCCCGGAAUGGGUGGUCCUAAAGGACCAAUGGGACGCGGUAUGUGUGCACCAGAUGCCAGUCAACCGUUACCACCAUCCGUUGGACAAACCAACGCGUACAAGAGUUCACCGUUCGGGGCGGGGGCAACAACAGCUGAUCCAAAUUAUGCACAACAAUUUCAUAAUUUUCAACAACAAUUGUAUGCGACAAGUACUAGAAGCCAGUUGAAUAGUCAAGGACCUGGACCACCUCAAGGUCCUCCACAAGGUGGUCCACCGGGUAUGUAUUUUAUGUCAAAAUGACUCAUUGUGACAUCAUCAACGCGAACUCAUAGACAAUACACUACGAUUCAAAAAUCUCGCAAUAAUUAUGAUCAACAAAUUUCUAUAUGUUUUAAAAUUUGUGAAUUUAAGUGUUAUAUAAAUAUUAUACAUAC